CGGUACGCAGCUAAGAGGAUGAUGGUAAAUAACUAAAAAACAAUCUUUUUACUCUUAUUUAAGAAUUUUUCAGCAUGGUUGAGUCGGGUGAGAGUGACCCUAACUCUCCAGCAGGCCUUCUGUACGCUCUGUGCUGUAAAAUUAUUGGAAAAGACUCUAAAACUCAAGAUCCUAGUGUAUUAGAACACUAUCAGUAUGCUCUUCGUGUAGUUGGAAGUCGUUUUGCACCUUCUGUUGCCAAUGACGAAUUCAGAAUAGCUGAAAGGAUUAAAAGAAAAUUGGUUAGAGAGAACAAGGAAGUUGAUGCUGCUAUUUUCUCAGAACUUUACAGAAAACUAGGUUCCCAGGGUGUAAUUCAAAACAAGUGGGCUAUUCUCUACUUUCUCUUGAAUAUUAGUGACAACAGAAAAAGUGGCACAUCCCAAGGCCAGAAUGCAGAUGUCUUUUUUGGCCUUGGAUUACCACUCACUUCCACAUCUACCCCAGCAACUAAUGCAUUAAGACCAGUUCUUAACACUGGUGGCUAUUCGACAGUUCACUCCCAAAGCAGCAGUGGUAUUAGCAGCGAUCCRUCUAGUAGAACAUUCUCCUCAGACACCCAGACACCUUCUAUCUCUGUACAGCGCCUACCAAACACUGGUACACAAUCAGUAAGGUUUGCAGAUAAUGUCCAUACAUAUCGAUCUGAACCAUCACAUUUGUCCUCCAUGGUUGCAAAGUCACUUACUUUAUCAAGACAGCAGGAAUUUGACAGUGUAGGAAGAAUACCUGGGCCUGAAGCUGUGGCAAGACUACAGARUUAUGGCACAGGAGAAAAUACUUCCUUUGAGGCAUCUGAGGCCAUUCUUCUUAGAGAAAUAAUCUAUGUCUUCCAAGGUAUUGAAGGCAAGAUAAUUAAACUUGACGAAGCAACUGAUGCCUAUCGCAUUGACCCCAAAGUUGGUGUYCCAAAGUCAGUGCGUGACCUUGUCAACAAGCUAGCAGAACUAGGUUGGCUGUAUAGAAAGGUGCGGAAAUAUCUUGAUGCAAGAACAGGUGACAGAGCCUUGGGAUUGGUUGGACAGAGCUUUUGCGCUGCCCUCCAGCAAGAAUUAACAGAGUAUUAUCGCCUAAUGGCUGUACUUGAAGGCCAACAACAGCUUAGUGACCAGGGGAUUGAAGGAGAAGGAGCUAGUGGGAGUUUGACUCUUCGGCGGCUUAUGGUUUGGACUUUUGACCCACUCAUCAGACUAAGAACCUUGGCAACACUGGUUGAUACGUGCAAAGGGAAAAAAGGUGGAGCACUUCUGUCGGCUCUACACACAUACAUGCAGCAUGGUGAUCCAUUUGUAAAAUCCCUGGUCAAGCACAUUUUAAAUCUGGUUGCUCAUCCUAUUAGAAAUAUAAUGGACAGAUGGAUCUAUGAUGGAGAAUUGGAAGAUCAGUAUCAAGAGUUCUUUGUAGCUGUAGACUACACUGUUGGUGAUGACAGAUUAUGGUACGACAAAUACAGCAUCAGGAAACCAAUGCUUCCAUCAUUUAUUCCUCUUGAGUUGGCUACCAAAAUCCUGAAUAUUGGCAAAUCCAUCAACUUCAUCAGACAUGUUUGUAAGGACYGUGGGUCAAUUAUUAGGGAUGAAGACAAGGUGCACGAGAGGACUAAGGCUGAAAAGAAUGCUGCUGCAGCACAGUUAACAGCAGAUGCAGAAUUCACGGGUGCAGCAUUACAGGAAACCAUUGACAUAGCAUACAGAGAUACCAGCAAGAAAUUACUGGAAAUACUCUUCACCAAGUACCAAUUCCAGGAUCAUUUGAAGGCUCUGAGGCUGUACAUGUUGUUGGGUCAGGGGGAUUUCAUUCGUCAUUUAAUGGACCUUCUUGAAUCAGACCUUGACAAACCAGCCAGCACUCUAUACAUGCACAACCUGACGGGGGUACUAGAGGCAGCUAUAAGAGCAACUAAUGCCCAGUAUGAAAACCCUGAAAUAUUAAAAAGACUUGACUGUAGAUUGCUUGAGGUCUCCCCUGGUGAUACUGGUUGGGAUGUGUUCAGUUUGGAUUAUCAUGUGGAUGGGCCUAUCAGCACUGUCUUCACACCAGAAUGCAUGAUUCAUUAUCUAAGAAUCUUCAAUUUCUUGUGGAGAGCCAAAAGAAUGGAGUAUUGUCUGACUGGGAUCUGGAGAAACCAGAUGGUUAGCAAUAGAUUGGUCAAUACCAUACCAGAGCUUGUUCCUGUCCUUCAUCAGUGUCACAUGUUAGGGAUAGAAAUGGUCCAUUUCAUCCAUCAGAUGCAGUAUUAYAUUGCCUUUGAGGUUUUAGAGUGUUGCUGGGCAGACUUAAAGAAGCAAGUAUCAGAAGCCAGUGACUUAGAUCAUAUUAUAGCUGCACAUGAAACAUUCUUGGACCACGUUAUCUCUAGAUCUUUGUUAGAUACUGAAUCAAGAAAUAUGUUGACCCAGUUACGAGCCAUCUUUGAUCUGAUUGUUCAAUUCCAAAAUGCACAAUCUUUCCUAUACACUGCUGCAGAAGAAGAAGUUCAGUCCCGACAGAAGCUGAAGGAAUCUGUCAACAGAAAAACUGAGAAGGGUGACUGGGGAAUGACAGAGGAAGAUGAGGAAGAAGUAAGAAGAAAAUCAGUUCAUUUUGUGGAUAAAAUUGUUCCUGAUAUUAGAGCACAGCUGAGAGUACUGUUCCAGUCCUAUCAGGACAUGGUGCAACAAUUUCUGAUGAUGCUUACAAGUCACCAGGAUGACAAUCUUCGUUUCCUGAGCUUCAGACUUGAUUUCAACGAACACUACAAAAAGAAAGAGCCCAAGUUAAGGUCCCCAUUGACACAUAGAUUCAGUAAGCGGUAUAAAAACCGAUAAAACUUAUGUAGAUAAUCCAUAAUGCAAUCAUAGCAUCCUUACUUCUUAAGCUCACUAAAAUUGAUUACUUCAUUGAAAGGAAAACAAGUUAUUGGGUGUAACCUUGGAACAUUUUUGCAUGCAAAGUUUACCCAGAUCUCAUUCCUACAACACUUAUUUUUCAUGAAUACAUCACUGUUUGUUACAUAGGGCUUCUAAUAACUGAUAAGGUUUGUCAAAAGGAAUAUAUUGAAGUUCAUUUUUGUAAUGUAUCGUAAAAGGUAAUUAGUAUGAGGUGCAGACUGUAACUGACUGUGGUGACUGCUAGAUUUUUUUUGGUUUCUCAGUGGUUUUUUUGAAUCCAUAUGAUGGCCUGCACCAAAUAAAAAUGUUCAUCCAAGUGAAUGAACUAAUUGUCCAAAGACUGAGCAGUAUUAGUAAAGUAGCAGGUAUAUCAAUAACUGUGUCCAAAGUCUGCUUUGUGUCAGAACAAAGCUUAAUCUCAAAUGAGAGCACUACUUGUUGGUGUCAGUAAAGUAGGUCUGCUYGUCUUUUCAAAUCUUGUUUCAAUGAAAGCACUGCUUGUGGUUGUCAGUAGAGUACCAAGUCUAUGGAUACWGUGUCCAAUUAAGUCUGCUUGUCUUCAAAUCAAAUCCCACUCUCAACUGCAAUCACUGCCUGAGGUCUCAGUAGAGUUGCAAGUCUAUGAAUACUGAACAAAUGUACUAUCUUGAGAUGCUUCAUUAAUAAUGUUGUAAUUUCCAUGCUGCUGCUCAAGGUUUGGAUUUUGAGAUCCUCUGUUUUCCACGUAAUUAUCACACACCUGUAUAGAGUUCAAACAGUAGUGGAUAUGAGUGUAGGUAUUAUGUAUUUUAUUACUUUAAAUCAUGCUUAACAAAUCCCAAAUWAUGUGCAUCAUGGUAAGCUCUGGUAUUACAGGGAGCCCAUUAAAAGGUACUGCGAAAUAAGGCAAUAAUAGAAAAACCCCCUUGUAAGUUCUUAUUUGAAGGUAUUAUAUAGUUUCAAGGUGCAGAAAUAUUCUCUUAACCCUUUUGGGUUGUUUUCUUCUGCUCCUCCCAGUUAAUUUUUUAAAAAUAGAGAUGUAAAGUAUAAAAUUCUCAUUCUGGGAAAUAAAAAAACCUUGAAACCUUGAACCUACUUGAAAUGUCUGUAAACAUGUUUCAGAAAAGUUAGAGACAAAAACUUCAAGUAUUAUUAUGAAUCUUGACUUCAGUUAUAGUAUUUUUAGCGAUACUUUAUAUUUAGUACUAACUAAACUAUUGUUACAUUAAUGUCAAUCAUUUUCAUGAAAGCUAAAUACAAGUUGCUUUGUGUCACCAGCAAAUCAAUCUCUGUUUGCAUAUAAAUAAUGAAGGCUUGUGUCACAUGAAGUAAUGCUAUAUUAAAGGAUGCUAACAAAUUAA